GGCCACGUGACCCGGCGACGUCCAAUCACGUCCGGAGGAGGUAAAGAGUGGCGCGUUCUCGUGGCGGCUGGCGAGGACAGGCAGUUGUAGAGAGCGCAUCUUGCGUAAAUUAAAACAAAUCCAUUCUUUUUGGCAAAAAUGUCCGAGGAUAAGCCUAAGGAGGGAGUGAAGACAGAGAAUGACCACAUCAACCUGAAGGUGGCUGGACAGGACGGCUCUGUGGUCCAGUUUAAAAUUAAGAGGCACACACCGCUCAGCAAGUUAAUGAAAGCGUACUGCGAAAGACAGGGAUUGUCGAUAAGACAGAUUAGGUUUAGGUUUGAUGGACAGCCGAUAAACGAGACGGAUACACCAGCACAGUUGGAAAUGGAAGACGAGGACACUAUCGACGUAUUUCAACAACAAACAGGCGGCCAUCGCUAAACCCUCUCCUCCACACAGCGGGGCUCUGCCUCGGCUGUUUUAUUUGACUCGAUCCCCAAAAUGUUUAACUGUGCUGUUUAUUUACUCCUUUUCGUCAUGUUGGUUUGGAUGUCCUCCCUAGUUUUCAUAGGGUUGGGCUCUCAUUCUCUCUCUUUUUUUUUUUUUUUUUUUUUUUCCCUCCCCUCUCCCAAUAUUUAAAGAUAAAUGAGGUAACGUGGCUAAGAGGCGAGUCCAAGAUGGCUGCCGUAAGGUUCAAAAUGGCUGCCGCUGUAUGAACAGAAGGCCCAUUUUCUUGAGAAAGCCAAGCCCUGAGUUUCCUGUCCUGAUAAAUAAAACAGUUCAUUCCCAUUAUCAGUAUGAAACCUGCCAAAUUAUGAGGAGACCUGAUUUUUUUUUUUUUGUUUUGUUUUGUUUUGUUUUUUGUUUUUCCUUUUUCUCUGUCUUGUGCAGCUUUAAUUCUAUUUUUAAUCCAUGUCAUGUUUGUUAGCUGAAAGGACGCCUAUCCAGCCUUGUUAUUUGGUCCAACUGCAGAGAUUAAAGGGAACUUCGGUCUCUUCUCGGACCAAAUCCCAAAUAUGUCCCGGAUUAGUCCAGGUUUUUAUUAUAAAUCUCAUAAGUCCUUAUUUUCCCCUGUUAUCUCUCAUCUUUCAAAGGCAACAAGUCAUCACACUCUCUGCUCUGUGACUGCCGUCUGUCACCCCGAAGAGGCGUAGUCUUAUUCGUCCCCCGUACAGUCUGGCGUCCAUAAGGGUUGGGACUGAAUCAGCGUCCAUGUGGUCUCAUUUUUUUCUGUACUGAUUUGUACAUUAUUUGUUGUCCUUUACUACUGUAUACAAUAAAUAUAGUUUGGUACUCAGA